UUUGACUUUGACUUUUCCACCUUCCUUGUUAAAAGCUACAGCUCUCUCCUCCUUCCAUCCUGCCAUACAGAAAACCAACACAAGGAGGAAGAAGAAGAAAGAAAGAAGAGGAAAUUCCAUCAAAGCUAUGGAAGUUCCCAUGUUCUUCCGGUGCCCCAUUUCAAUGGAGCUCAUGCAAGAUCCUGUCACCAUUUCAACGGGCGUAAGCUACGAAAAGAAGAACAUCGAACGCUGGUUCUUCCAUUACAAGAAGAAGACGUGCCCUGCCACAAUGCAACUCCUCGAAAGCUUUGAUCUCACCCCAAAUCAUACUCUCAAGCGUCUCAUCCUCUCCUGGCAAGAUCGAGAAGCACCGUCGCUGCCAUUCACUGCCUUAAAGCACGGUGAAUUAACCGCGCUGCUGAGAACGGUCGAAUCAACGCCAUUUAAGGUUAGAUCUCUCAAGAAAAUAGGAUCGAUGUUUGAUAUGGGUGAUGAAAUUAAAGCUGAGUUUAUAAAACUCGGUGGAAUCGACGUGUUGGGUAGGAUUAUUUUUCAGAUUCUACUAGAGAAUUACGAUUUCGCGACAUUUCGAGCUUGUGAAGAGGCUUUGAGUGUCUUGCAUCGACUCCCACUCUUCAAUGAGUCUUCUGUUCGAUUGCUUUCGAAGCCUGAGUGCGUUAAGUCCAUGGCUGUCAUGCUUCAAAGAGGAAGCGCCGAGACACGCUUACACACUGUCAUGAUAUUGAGAGAGAUGGUGAAGAUCGAGUGCGAUUGGGGACAGAUAACAAGUGAUCUUGACAUGGAUAUCUUUAAAUCCUUGUUAGAGCUCUUAUCAGAUGAGAUUUACAACAAGGCGAGUUCAUGCGCAUUGGAUGUAUUGAUCGAGAUCGUGGGGCCAUCGAGGAAGAAUCGUGUGAAAUCGGUCGAAGCAGGUGCAGUCUGCAUCUUGAUUGAACUCCUUCCUGAUUCGAACCGACCCAAAUGUGAGAAGAUGUUGUUCUUGCUCAAAAUGCUAUGUGAAUGCGCAGAGGGGAGGUUGGCUUUAUCGGAUCACCGGCUGGCAGUGGCUGUGAUAUCUAAGAAGAUACAGAAUGUGUCGGAGCUAGCAACAAAGCUGGGGGUGAAGAUCCUGUGGUUGGUUUGCAGUUUCCACCAGACGAAGCAGAUAUUGGAGGAGAUGUUGGUAUUCGGAGCUGUGAAGAAGUUGGUGGGGCUGUUACAUAUCAACGGCGAAUCAUCAACCAAGGAGAAGGCGAUGAAGAUCGUCAAGCUGCAUGAGAAAUCAUGGAGGCAGUACCCUUGCUUUCCUUGGAAAUAGAGGAUUAUUUGAGAUUAGUGAAAGGUUCAAGGUAAAAUGAAAAUUAGAUGUAUUUAUUAUUAUUAUUAUUAUUAUUGGUAAAAGAAAUUUUGUAAGAGAUUUCCGAAUUUUAUCCCUCUAUAUGAUGGCAGCCAGUCUA